AUGGCGAACACAAGGAGAUCAUCAUCGUCAUCAGCAGCAGCAGUAUCAUCAGGAGCGAAGAAACCCAGUAUGGGAAGAUCAAGAAAAGGGUGCAUGAAAGGUAAAGGUGGUCCAGAAAAUGCUCUCUGCACUUACAGAGGGGUUCGUCAAAGAACAUGGGGAAAAUGGGUUGCAGAGAUUAGAGAACCCAAUAGAGGUACCAGACUCUGGCUUGGAACUUUCAAUACUUCUCUUGAAGCUGCUACAGCUUACGAUGAAGCUGCCAAGAAACUCUAUGGCGCUUCUGCUAAACUUAAUCUCCAACACAAUCAUAUUCAUCAUCAUCAUCAUCAUCAUCAAAACUACUUUCCCACUACUUUUAGUAAUAAUGGUAAUAUUGGGUCGGACUCAAGCUCUUCUGCAGGGAGCAGUACGGAGAGUUCAGUGCAAGGUGAUCAGGACUUGAUGAUGAUGACGACGAACAUGGUGGGUGCUGUGAGUGUAGAUGAGCAUACUCGUGUGAAUUGUAGUGCAGAUGGGUUCUUGUUUUCGAGCUCGGUCGUCGGAGAAGAUCAAAAUAUGUACUGGGUGCCGGAGCUUGCGGUGGAGAAUGAUUUCUUGGAACUGACUGAUAUUGGGGUUUUGAUGGGUGGUGGUGGAAAUGAUGAUCAUCAUGAUGAGCUUAAAGGGUGGAAUAUUGGGUUGCAGUAUCCAUGGAGCUUGUGA